AUGACUCGUCAAUUAGCUUUAGCGCGAAAACACGAAGGCGGUGAUGAGAGAGUUUUCCAUAACAGUGAUCCAAACAUCCGAGACGUGGGAACACAGAUGAUUUUACGUCCUUGCUCGGUCCGGACUAGUCGUUCGUUCCAUACCCAGCUUGACACGCAGAAUGUGAGCUAUUCGUAG